UCUUAUAUUGUCGUGUUUUUCCGGUUCCUAAAAAUAUAAAUUUACCCAGCUAAAAUGGAUCACCCACGGCCUUGUGGUUGCAAGGGACGUCGCACCUGUCUCAGCUGUGAAAAAGAUUUCGAAAUCCAUCGUGUCGAUUACAACGAGAUCUUUCAGAAAUGUAAAGCGUACUCGUUUUGUCCGUACUGUAGCAGAAUCUACCCAGGGUGGGAUACAGAUGAGGUGAUGGCAGAUCACAGCCACAAUCACAAUGGAGAGACGGGCGAAGAAUAUUCAGGAAUCUACGUAGAACUCGAUUUUUUAAGCAUCGAAGAAGAAAAUCGUUUGAUGAAGGGCAUCGAUGAAAUGCAUUGGGACAUUUCUCAGAGUGGUCGUCGAAAGCAAAAUUUUGGCCCAAAAACUAACUUUAAAAAAACUAAGAUUAAAGUAGGCAAUUUUACGGGUUUUCCGAAAUUUUCUGAAUUUGUUCAGUUGAAAUUCGACGAGGUUCCGCUAAUGAAAGGAUUUCAGACAAUCGAACAGUGUUCGUUAGAAUACACGCCGGAACGAGGAGCUUCUAUCGACCCUCACAUCGAUGAUUGCUGGAUUUGGGGAGAGCGGGUCGUUACUGUUAAUUUACUGAGCGAUUCGGUGCUAACGUUGUCUCGAUUUCAUCGGAGCGAAGAGAGUACACGGUACAAUUUACAUCUCGUUGAUAAGUAUCGAGACAAACUGAUUAUGAAUCUGGCAAACCAGGAGGAAUUGGAUCAACUUGACGAACGAAUAGUUCGGAUUCCCAUGCCAAGACGUUCUUUGCUUGUCAUGUACGGAUCGCCGAGGUACCAGUGGGAGCACGCUGUUCUGCGGGAAGACAUAAGGGAAAGACGCGUAUGCCUGGCCUACCGGGAGUUUACUCCUAUGUAUCUUAGUGGUGGAAGUGAAUACAGCAAAAGUCAGCAAGUGUUUCAAAUUGCUCAAAACUUUUGGGACCAUUUGGAGCCUCAGUCUCAAAAUGUAAAUUAGCUACGGAUUUUCAAAAUUUCUAGCGAGCAGUUUUGUUUAUAGCGUUUAUUUAUUAAUAUUCCACACAAUCAAUGAUUUCAAAUGCUUUAUCUUCGAGCACAGGUCCAUGGGAAACAGUUUAUUCAAAUUUAACGUAACAUAAAUCAUACAAACUAUAAUGUUGACUUCCGAAAAAACAUUACAUUGCAAUACGGCGUAGUUGCGUUUUUAUUUAGAUGUUGAGGAACAACGUAAUUGGACAAUGGUCACUGCCAUAAACACCCGAGCGAAUGACGUUAUCGACAACCUUUCUCUGAAGCCGUUCCGAUGCGAUGAAGUAAUCCAGCCGCCAUCCUACGUUCUUUGCGCGAGAAUUUCCCAUGUACGUCCAAAAAGUGUAGGCGCGUUUCUGUUCCGGAUAAAGUUGCCGAAAAGUAUCGACAAAUCCUAGCGAUAGAAGUUUGCUCAUUCCGUCUCGUUCUUCCUGGGUAAAACCGGCAUUCUUCUUGUUAGUUUUGGGAUUUGCCAAAUCAAUUUCUUCAUGAGCGACGUUCAUGUCUCCGCAUAGAAUAACUGGUUUUUUAGAAUCCAAUUCAUGCAAAUACUUAUGGAAUUUUUCGUCCCAUCGCAUGCGUUUCGGAAGUGUAACCAACUUCCGUCCUGCGUUAGGAACGUAUACGCAGACCAAAUAGAACUUUUCGUACUCCGCCGUCAAUAACCGACCAUCAGCAUCUUGUUCAUCGUCGCCCAAGCCGUAAGCGACAUUGAUUGGCAUUUUCUUCGAGUAAAUGGCGACUCCUGCAUAGCCCCCCGGUUUGCACAGCCAGUAGGGAUGGUAACCUUUGAUGUGACGAGCUUCCUCCGGUAAUUGAUCCUCUGAGCACUUGGUUUCCUGAAUACACAGAAUAUCAGGCUUCUCAUGCUCGAAAUAUUCCAGGCCGCCCUUGCCGAUCCAUCCUCGCAGACCGGCCACGUUCCAGCUGGAGAUUUUAAAAUUGUACUCCUUUUCUUCUUCCAAUUCGAAAUUAAGUUUCGAAUAAUCGGUAUUUGAUUUGUUGAUUUUAGGCGCCCCUGAAGCUGGUUUCUUCACGGAUUUAGUUUUCUUCGUCUUCGGUUCAGCCGAACCGUCGUCGGAUUCCUCAGCAUUUUCCAGUGGCACGUCUUUUUUCUUCUUGCGUUGGGUAACUGUAAAACAACCAAAUGAACACGCUUUAGUUUCCGGUUCCGAUGAGUGGCUGUAAAGUUUCUUACACUCACGCAGCUUCUGCAACAAGGUUCUUGUUCGUUUAGACAUAUUUAAAUACUAUUCACUGAUGUGUUUUUGUACUGGGAUUAUUUUUAACUGGUUCAAAUUACGGUCUAGUUGUAUUAUUUAUAUGGAAUGGUGCAGGUAGUUACAGUUCAUUACCUGUAGUUACCUACAGCGUUUGUUGAAUCUGUGUGAAGAAAACUACCGUUGUGGUUUACGUUUGAGAGUUUACCUAUGUAGGCCAUCAAUUUUAGGCCCUCAUGAUGGAAUACCUAGUUUAUGGAGAGUCAUGCAUGAGAGCUUCAAAUGCGCCUACUACGCCAGAAAAUAAGUCCAAUUUCAAUUAGAAUAACAUUUCUGGCUUUAGUUUUCAGAUCGCAGAUUAUGCGACCAAAAAAAACCAAAGCCAGAAAUUUGAAAGCCAAAAAAUUCUAGGUAAAUUCUCACAACUUGGAAGAUAUAGGUAUCAUGCCUGGGCAAUCUCCCCAGUUAAUUUCCAUUUGCGAAAGAUUGUGAGUUAGAAAAAAGGUAAUAGAGCAAUAGAAGACAUGCAAACGAAAAAUAAAAUAAACUACAAUAGAAAAGAAAGGGUGAAAAUAAAGAAGCAAGCAAAAAUUUGCUUGAGUGAGAAGCGUCACAAAAUGUCGUUUGUGACAUCUUGGCGUUGGGAAUCGUAUCCCAGGCCACCAGCACAGUUGGCGGAAAUAUUACCAACAAUGCUAGGCCAACGCCUGUUGCAGAAGGAAAGAGCUAGUAGAAUAAGUGCGAUAUAGAAAUAAAUUGGAAGUUAAUAAUAAGAAAAAUAUGAUAACAGCAGCAAAAAAUAAAAUAAAAUAAAAAUAAAACGAGAAAGUAGAGAGUAAAAAAGUGAAAUGAUAUGUGGGAGAAAGUAUAGUAAAGAGAAGCGGCAAAAUAAAAAGAAGAAACAACUAAUAAGAGAAACUAUAGGUGAAAGCAGGAAAAAAGUAUAUGUUGAUAGGAUCCUAAUUUUUUUGAAUAACUGAAUUCAUGGAUAACUAAACUCUUUCCCUCAACCAUGAAGUCUCAUAACUCCCAGUAACCAUCUUACUUCUUGUAGUUUUGGGUUGGGUCCAGUUUUUGUCAAAACAUAUGCAGCGUUCAACGUGGUGUUGCACGAUGGCUUUCCACUCAACUUGUUUCUUAACGAAAUGAUAACGCAACUCUUUCCGCUUCGUUCAUGCAGAGUAACCAACGUCCUUUUCCGCUAGGCAAAUAAAAAAAAGUUUCGAAACCUCAAUCCUAUCCCUCCUUGUCUUCUCAGCUUUGGAAUAUAAGUAAUUUAACCAUACUAACCGUUGUAAAUCGAGUGUAACGAUCAUACCCUUGAACAUAUUAUAUUGCAGAUUGCAAGAAAAAUCCUCACAUUGCGAUUAUCUUGACAGAUGAACCAAUCCACCAAAAGAUAACCGCAUGAUUUAUUAUAGUAAUUAAGUAUUUGAAAAUUUACCAAAUCAAUUAUU